CUUUUUACCUGGAGACUCGGAGUCGGAGAUUUUCAGUGCUUCGUUCUCUUUCUGAAACGAACGCCGAAGGGAAGAGCAGAGAUUUAAGUACAAUGGGAAGCGCGCCGGCACAGAUUCCGACGAGCUUCGGUCACGAGCUUAGGUCUUGUCUCCGUUGCCGUCUUGUGAAGACCUACGACCAGUUCAGAGAAUCGGGGUGUGAGAAUUGCCCUUUCUUCAAGAUGGAUGACGACCAUGAGCGUAUUGUGGAUUGCACCACGCCUAACUUCAACGGAAUAAUCUCGGUGAUGGAUCCAAGCAGAAGCUGGGCCGCGAGGUGGUUAAGAAUAGGGAAGUUUGUUCCGGGUUGCUACACUCUUGCUGUCUCAGAGGCACUGUCAGAAGAUUUGCAGAUCCUAUGCCAAGAAGAACGCGUGCAAUAUGUACAGCCAAAACGCAUAUGAAGGAUUCGUAUGAACACGCGGAAAAAAUUGGCAAGACGGUAUCGCUCCCGCUCUCUUCUGUGUCGGGAUUCAUAGUAGCCGUUGUAUAUCAGGUGCUUACUUCUAUCUUCAAUGGAGAUCUCGGCUUCAAGCUCGAGUCUUAGACCCUUUAUGGAGUUCUUCCCCAUUGGGAGGGCUAAAGCAAGAAGUGAGUUUCCUUCUGCUUUGUCCACUCUUAACUAAACUGAUCUAAACAGCAGAAGAAAAAGCUAAGUAGUUGAACCGAGUUUAUGUAAUGGAAGUAUGAUGAUGGUCCUCAUUACAUCACUUGUUAGGAUUUGUUGAUUGGAAAAUAUUUCUUUGAUAACAAA